AUGAGUUCAGUGAUUCCAAGAGCCUUGGAUUACACUCUCUCGAAUAAGAAAGGACCAUUGGAUACCAUUUGGUCCUUGAAACCUGAAGCACAAGUUGAUGAUAGGACGAUGUUCUUGACGUUCUCAAAGGGUUAUCCUGUGACUGAAGCAGAAGUGAUUGAACUCUUUAACUCUAAAUAUGGAGAUUGUGCUGAGGAUGUACAUAUGGUGCCACCGACUUCAUCGAACCAUUCAUUGUAUGCUCGAAUGGUGGUUCGUGAUGUUUCAACCAUUGAUCAAAGUUUGAGCACAUGUCCUAUUGCUAAGUUCAGGAUUAAUGGAAAAGAUGUUUGGGCUAGAAAAUAUGAAUAUCAAGAUCAACAUCCACCAUUAGAUGCAUCUCUAUAA